UGCCUUUUCGCAAGGCCUGUUGCUCAUCUGCUACCAUCAGCUCUUGCUGCUGACCCACCUGAGCUCACGAGGCGAUAGAGCGGAUGUGUCGGCAGUGUCUCGUGGGGACAGUCACGGGGUCAUUCAGGCAACGGGAAGAGAAGUAACACUGGACAGGCAGGUGUUUUUCUCUCCCUCCCUGCUGUGAAACAGAACCAUGCAGACAAGACGGGAAACUGACAAAUCACCUGCCUCUGCAAAGGAAACCGUGAAACUGAUUAGACCCAACAUGUAGCCAGUGCACAAAGCUAACGCACUGGAGAACUGAGAGAUUCUGCCCCCCUUCCCCAAUCUCUUUCAGUUAUAGUGAUCUUAGCUGUCACUUGUAACAGCAGUAAGGGGGAAGCCAUGGGCCAUGGCCCCACUGCGAUAGGUGGUGCACACACAGAACAAAAUCUCCAGGCACUGCACCUUUUUAAUGGUCACAUUCCUUUAAUCGUAAAAAGCUCAAAAGACGAACAAACCAGUGCGGCCCGAGCCCAGGCGGAGCCACACCCCGGGAGGGCCGGCCCGAGCGAGCGCGGAGCGCAGCCCGGCAUGGACACCUGAGACGGGGCCCCGCCGCUCGGCUCCCGGAGAGCCCCCGCGGGAGGAUGGGACCCGCCGCGGGAGGUCGCGAGCUGUGGGCAUUCAUACUCUGGGCUUGGCUGUUGCUUGCCACGCGAUUUGCUCUAGGAACUGUGGAAGAAGCCUGCAACUGCAGUACACCCAUGGCCUUCUCUGAGCUUCAGGCAGCUCCAGCCCUCCAGACAUGCUGCUUGAACUUCACCGGGACUGAAAUUGACUCCCUGGACUGGAGCCUCUUUGGUGGAGUAACAGGCCUGAGAGAGCUAUACCUCUCGCACUGCGGCGUGUUGGACAUUGUCAAUGCAUCCGCUGCGCCCGUCAUGCUGGAGAUCUUGCACUUGGAUCACAAUCAGUUGGAAAAGCUUCCAGAAAGUUUCCUAGAAGAUGCCCCGCGAUUGAGGGUCCUUCGUUUGGACAGCAACAAGCUUCGCAAGCUGCCCAAAUCCUUCCUGAGAGCUUCCACUCAAAUCCAAGAGAUUAACCUUGGCUUCAAUGACUUGGCCUCCCUUCCCUCCGGUGUCUUUAAGCCCUCUCUCACCAGGCUCAGCCUCACCAACAAUAGCUGGGAUUGCACCUGCGCCUUGUUCGGUGGCCUGGAGAAGUAUCCCCGAGAGCCAUCCAGCGGGGCCAUGCAGGGCCCUGCCGUGGUGUGCAGCACCCCAGAGCGUUACCGCAGCAUGGACAUCCGAGAUAUCCGUAAGCAGGAGCUCUGCCGGGCACACAGCUUGACUGCCCUCUUCAUCUGCCUGCCCCUGGUGGUCAUUUUAGCCCUGGUCGCCUGGUGCUUUUGCAGGCAGAAGAGAAAGACGGGCUACACCCUCAGCCGCAGGCCGGAGUGCCACCUGGCCACGGUGGAGAGGAACGGUGCCAAGGGGCUGGCAGAGCCUCACCACUACAUCCAGUGUGAGCUGCCCACUGCCCCCACCGAGAGCGAGAAGAACAUGCUGCUGAGGAACCAGAUCCUGCUGAAGCCCUCCACCGCCCUGCUGGGGAGCAACAGGGACCUCUACGAAGAGGUGGAGAUCAAGCUGGGGGCCUUGGACAAUUCCUUUGUGCUGGUCAACGAAGGGAGCCUCAGCCAGGAGACGGGCCCCGAGGGGGCACCGCCGGUGGCGGCAGCAGCACAGGAGCUGGGGGGCAGCGACCCGGAAGCGGAGACGGUGAGCGUGACGGACGUGCUGAAGGACUCGGUGGACCGAGAGAAGCUCUACAUGAGCCAGGCGGUGGAUUAUUACAACCUGGUGCCUGCCAUUGAGCUGGAGGACUCCGACCACCAGGAGUACGAGAACAUUGACCUGCACUGAGGCUUGGCGAGUGAGGGGUGUCCUGGGAACCUGGGGCCGUAUCCUGCCCUUGCUGACACCCAGUGCGCUCCCGGGGGUGGGAGAGGGUGGGAGCUAGUGCAGGAUGCAGUUGGAGGGCAGUGAAUGGAUAGCUUGUCACUCAAACAACCGUUGUCAUGUCGAUCCAUUGGACUGGAGCGAGAGCAAUUGUAC